AUGUCCCCCACCCCGAAUCCCUACGUCGCAACGCAGCUGCGGCAGCUUAUUUACUACCACCUCGACAAUGACUUCGUGCAAAACGCACUGUUCCUCGCUGGCCGUCUACACGGGCAAGAACCGCGCAGCCCGGACGCCGCCCACCUGCUUGCCCUUUGCAAUCUCCGCCUUGGCCGCUUGAAGGCCGCCUACGAUUACAGCCGCGAGAAAGGCUUCCGAGGACACCAUCUAGGCUGCGCUUAUGUCUUUGCGCAAGCUUGCUUGGGCUUGGGGCGCUACCCUGAAGGCAUAACAGCGCUGGACCGCGCGCGAGGUCAAUGGGGAGGCCGGAACCACUGGAAUAAGCAUUCCGAGACGGCGAGGCGCCAUCUGCCGGAUGCUGCGGCUGUGAAUUGCCUUCUAGGAAAACUAUGGCGAGCUCACGGGGAUGUCAACAAGGCAAUUGCAUGCUAUGCUGAAGCCCUUAAGCUUAAUCCUUUCAUGUGGGAUGCGUUCCUCGACCUCUGCGAGACUGGUGCCGUUGUCCGCCCCUCCAACGUUUUCAAAAUGACCCCGGAAAUGUCAGCAUUAUUAUCAGCAUCAACCGCUUUCCCCGACUCCCCUCCCGCGAACGCCUCUUCAAAUGGAAUCUUCACCCCUUCCCAGGAUCUUUUCAACCCCGGCCGGACAGAGAACGGCCAACGAAAUGGAGGCGGAUUGUUUGCAAGAUUUAUUGCGGCAAAUGGGAACGGCCAGCAAGUCCUUGACGUGGAAACGCCGGUUGGUAAUGGUGGAGGAGCCCAUGAUGAAGACGUCAUGAUGGGCGAAGCAGGCGGAGCACCAAUGAGCCGGCGUGAAACGCCCUGGGUGCUUGCUCAGAUGGGCCGUGCACAAUACGAGCAGGCAAGGUACAGCGAGGCCGCAGACCUUUUUGAGAAAGUCAAGCGGAUCGCACCUUCGCGGAUGGAAGAUAUGGAAGUCUACUCGACUGUUCUAUGGCACCUUAAGGGAGAGACCGACCUUGCUUAUCUGGCACACGAGCUCAUUGAAACAGACCGACUCUCCCCACAGGCAUGGUGCGCGAUUGGGAAUUCCUUCUCCCUUCAGCGUGAGCACGACCAAGCAGUCAAGUGCUUCCGGCGUGCCACGCAGCUUGACCCGAAGUUCGCGUACGCCUUCACGCUGCAAGGUCACGAGCACGUGGCAAACGAGGAGUUCGACAAAGCGCUUCUGGCCUACCGAAGCGCUAUAGCCGCGGACAGCCGGCACUACAACGGCUGGUACGGACUUGGGCGGGUGUACGAAAAAAUGGGCAAAUUCGAAGUUGCUGAAAAGCAUUACAAGAACGCUCAUCACAUCAACCCGAGAAACCCGGUUCUGCUGGUGUGCAUUGGCGUUGUCCUGGAGAGAAUGCGGAAGCCGCAGGCAGCGUUGCUGCAAUAUAACGAGGCGUGCCGACUGGAUCCACGGAGCGCUUUGGCACGGUUCAAGAAGGCGAGAGUGCUGAUGAAUUUGAGGAAGACCAGAAUGGCACUCGAGGAGUUGGAGAUUCUGAAGGACUUGGCGCCUGAUGAGGCUAACGUGCAUUUCAUGCUUGGCAAGCUGUACAAGAUGAUGAGAGACAAGACGAGCGCGAUCAGGCACUUUACCAUUGCGCUCAACUUGGACCCGAAGGCUGCGCAGUACAUCAAGGAAGCGAUGGAGUCGCUGGAAGAUGACGAAGAUGACGAGUACGACGACGAUGACGACGGGGCUUGA